AUGAAUGAUGCACAAGGUGCUGAUACAUUAACAAGAACCCUAUCAUCAGCAUCUGAGAUCUCUUAUGUAGACUACGACACAGCUAAGAAGCUGGUGCCCCGCGCUCCCAUGGAGUUCAACACAUCUCUGCUUUCCUCUGCGCCAGGCCUGACGUCUCAUGGCCUUGUUGCUUAUGCUCCCCCACUAGUUAAAGAAACGCGGCAGGAGCGUUCUAGCAGUGUACUUAUUGGUGAGUUAGAGUCUAACUGCAAUACUGUAUCCAGGCUUGCCAGUCUCAUUUCUACGGACAGCCAAGCUAUGUCCAAAUAUGUAGAGCAAGCAAAACAUACACUGAGUCUAUCUGCGUCUGCAAAUUCAGUGGCAGCCCUGGGAAACAUGAAGGCUAUCCUCGACGGCGUUUCUGACUCAAGCACUGGAAGCACUGGGAAUUCAGAUAAGCAGACUGAUCUCCCUGACACUGCAUUGUCUAAAAGUGGGCAUAGAAGUAGUGUCAACAUUUCUUCUACAAGGGAAUUCACUGAGUCUUUAGGCUCUAAGCAACCUCUUCUUUAUCAGCAGCAAUCAGACACUCUUUCCCAUCCUUCUGUUACUGUAUCUACGUAUGCACUUACUCCAACUGGUAAACAAGCAAGUCCCUCUGGCGCCUCACCCUUGCAGACCACGUUUUGCGCUAAGGAGAUUUGCCAGGGCGAUGUUCACUCAACAGUCACCCAUUCCCUUGGGCCUUACACUGAGACACCAGAGCCAACGUUUAUGCGUCCACAUAGCGUGUCACUCCAGUCAAUACUUUCCACUGGGCAGGCACACCUGCGGCCGCCCCCAAUUCGCGAGCUUCCAGACGAAGUUAUAGUUCCGCCAACAGUUCCACAGCAGGAAAUCCUCUCCUCCCUUCCCAAAGUUUCGCAUUGCGCAGCCCCCUCUGCAUCUUUAUCUAGACUUCCGUGGAAGCCAGGUACAACUGUGCAAAUAGACAAUCUACCCUUACCAACAGUUGAAGAUUACUUUUCAAGUAUUGAGCAUCUAGACAAUCUGUUUAUAAAUAAAAUAGAUCCCGGGAAGUACUUUCCCAUUGACGAGGGAUAUCUCCAGCGAUUACAGUAUGAGAUUUCUGCCAUUAGGCGGUACAUGAAUCUGAACAUAAGUGCACGAGAUGCAGAGCUUGCCCGUCUUGGUAAAGAGAUACGGUCUCUGAAGCUAGAUCGUGAGCAGCGGGCGUCAUCAUUAAAGGAAGGCGCUAUCCCGAAUAAUCUACAUUAUCAGAGUAGCCAAAAGAUGCAUAUUGAUGACUCAGCCGUUAAAGUAGUAUUUCCCAGUCCUUUCAGUAUUAAUUCAAAUGCCAUGGAAACAUUUCUUGAACUGGGCUCUACGGAGAUCUCUACUAACGAUCAUGAGAACAAGUACUCUACUCCCUUGACAUCUUCAGAUCUUGGAGCUCUCAUCGUCACGCCGGAAAUGAUAGAAAAUUGCUUUUCAAGCAUUAGUAACACUUUGCCAGGCGUGUCCCUUGUGGACACAUCAGGGAUUCCCGAAUCUUAUGCUAAGCCGCCAACCACUCUUGCCCCAAACAAACAGCAGACUUCGGAAUCUCCAGACCUUAUCAAGGAGUAUACAACAGGAAACUUAGCUGAGUUGAAGGCUGAGCUUGCACGUACAAGGGAGGAGGCAAUGCAAAUUAUAAAGGAGAAGGACGCAGAGAUAAUGGAAAUGCGCCGCAACUUGGCUGCCGUAAAGUCUAUGACAUCCGCUACCACAUCUGCUGCUAUCUCACUAAUCUCUACUUUACCUGAUAAAACAAGUUCGAUAACGGAAGAGGAUAUCCGCUUUGGUAAUAGGUCUACUAGUGAUAGAGUAGAGUUGCCAGACAAGUGCAAUACACCGUUACCGAGGCCUGCUGAGAGUGACUCGCUCCAAGUUUCGGCUUUGCCUGUUUCGAGUACUGCUAUUUUAGCCAGUGUCACACAUCCAGAAGAUACCUGUUCAAGUCUCAGCCCUGCAUCAGUGCAGACAAUUGUUCAUUCUGGAUCCAAGUUACGUCCUUCUCUGCACUAUAGCAUAAGCGUCAGCUCAACAUCAGACACAUAUACAGAUCGUAGCAUAAGUCUCACAGAAGAUCAGUCGUCUCUUUCAUCCAAGCUCACAACCUCAAAACUAGGGACCUCCCACCUUAAGUUGGCCUUGUCUACAGUGGCCAAGUCUGGAACAAUCCCACCAAAGCCUCCCUCCGUCAAUACUUUUCUUCCUCUAGCAUAUUCUACCGACACACCCCUACACGAUGAUUACUUGCCAUCACCCAGCUCGUCCCGGAGUGACUCAGUAGAGGCAGCUCCAGGUCACCCCUUGAUGGUCAGCGGAUCUCACACACCCAUGUCGGCUUCUCCUGCGCAAACUGUAUUUGAGCAGAAUAAGCCAGCUGUAAUAGCGCCUGCAGGCCCUCAUGUGACAUUUUUGGCCCAAGAAUCGCUCGUGGUCCCACAGGCAUCUCGUGCACCGGAGCCCCUCGCCUCCUCUGGAUCAUUGAUGUCCAAUAGUUCAUAUCUGUACGACAUGGAUACGGGAGACCAGCGAGAUGACGACUUUCUAAAGUUGGAGCAAGAAGUCAGGGCAACUCAGUCCCUACUCAUCCGCAGUCUUGCAAGCACGGGCCUGUCUGACACAUACCGAAGUAGUGACUUCGCCGGGGUGGUUAUCGACACGUUCUCCGCCCCGCACCAAACGGCUGUACUACCAUAA